GUGUCUUGUCCAUAUCAAUUGAGAGUCAGGGACUUCAACCAUUUUGGGCACUGAAAAUCAUCUUUCAAAACCCAUCCGUAUCCUCCACCUGUACCCCCAUAGAACCAUUCAUUUAAAGAAGCCUCAAUUUCAAACUCAUCUCUCUCCCUCUCUCUCUCUCUCUCUCAUCUGUUUUGUUCUGUUCUGUGUAUGCCUUGAACAUGGCCACUGUUAGAAUCAUAGCUAUUCUUGCAAACCUUCUUGUUCUGCAGCGUUGGACUGCCACAGCCGAUAUGCUGUCCCCUUACCUUGAUGCUGCGUGCAAAGGAGUGGAAUGUGGAAAGGGGACUUGCAAGCCUGCAACAAAUAGCGCAUUCUUGUUUGAAUGUCAAUGUGAUCCUGGCUGGAAACAGACUGGCUAUGCCCUUGACAAUAAUCUCAGGUUUCUCCCUUGUGUCAUUCCCGACUGUACACUCGACUACUCGUGCAUGGAAGCUGCCCCUUCUGUUCAGGAUAAAGAAAGCCAAGCUGAUACAUCGAUUUUUGACCCUUGCCACUGGACUGACUGUGGAGGAGGCAAAUGCAACAAGAUAUCGCCAUAUACAUAUUCGUGUGAAUGUAACCAGAAUUACUAUAAUCUACUCGAUAUGACUGCUUUGCCAUGCUUCAGAGAAUGUGCACUUGGAAUGGACUGUUCAGGCCUUGGAAUUAAUGUAAUGAACAAAUCUACUUCUCGAACUCGCAGUUUGCCUGAUAAUGGUACCAAUCAAGCUAGCUUAAUAUCACAAGGUAUCGUCAAUUGGUUGAUUAUUGUCAUGAUGGUGUUGGCUCCAUUGAUCGUAUGGAAAUAGAAAUACUACGAAGAUGCAUCGAGGUUUCUCUGUGUGAUUGCUGUUGUCUGAUACCCUGUUUUGGCUGUGUUUUUGGUUGAUAUGUACAAAUUUAGGUGAUAUGAAUAAAGUUUAUUAUAUAGCACAUUCACACUCGUAUAGGGAGGUAUGUGAUUCUACAGCUUGUUUUAUACUACUGGUUCAUUCAUAGUUAUGUUAUAUCUUAGCCUCUUUUUAUUUUAUUUUUGUAUAUAACAUACGUUGCACUCUCAUAAUUUUAUUUGUCAGCUUAUUAAUACAUAAUGUUGUGCUUGUUAUA